CACCACUGCAAACAUGGUUUCAAGAAUUGCGACACAUCAAGAGAAUUAUAGGGAUUAAGGAGGAGAUUGUUGAUAGAGAUUUAUGGCGGAAAUAUUCAAAAGAACGCAUGAGAACAGUAUCGGUAGCCCUUGUGCUGUGCCUGAACAUUGGUGUUGACCCACCAGAUGUUCAUAGGCCAAAUCCAUGUGCGCGAAAGGAAUGCUGGAUUGAUCCACUGGGAAUGAACCCCCAAAAAGCUGUCGUUAAAAUCGCUAAUGCGCUGCAGAAAAGUUACGAACGUUGGCAGCCGCGUGCAAGGUAUAAAACAGCCAAUGAUCCAACAGUGGAUGAUGUUCGACGUUUAUGUCAAAGUUUACGACGCAACGCCAAAGAAGAACGCAUUCUAUUCCAUUACAAUGGACAUGGUGUCCCAAGACCGACUGAAAAUGGUGAAAUAUGGGUUUUCAACAAAAAUUUCACUCAGUACAUCCCGCUUUCGAUUUUUGACUUGCAGUCGUGGAUGGGUCAUCCGGCCGUGUACGUCUGGGAUUGCCAUUGCGCUGGUCUUGUUGUGAAGUCCUUCUUCCGCUUUGCUGAAGAUCAUGAAAAAGAAUGGGUUAAGCAACUCGAUGAACAUAUGGAAACGCGUCCACCACCGUUACCUAUCAUUCAAGCUGAAAUGAGUCUUGAGGAAAAGGCAGCUGCUUUUGGAUUCCGGAAGAAGCCAAACUUUAAAGAAUGUAUUCACAUUGGUGCAUGCGGAGACCACGAAUUACUUCCAAUGGAUUCAAGACUUCCGGCUGAUCUUUUCACGUCUUGUAUUUUAACCCCAAUCCAAACUUCAGUCCUGUGGUAUAUCUUGAAAAAUCAUCUGGAGGAUCGAUUUCCGGUAACUAUAGUUGAUAAAAUCCCUGGUCAGCUAAGUGAUCGUCGAACCAUGCUUGGCGAGUUGAACUGGAUAUUCACAGCCAUUACCGACACGAUUGCAUGGAGUUCGCUUCCAAAAGAACUGUUUCAGAAAUUGUUCCGAUUGGAUUUGCUGCUUGCAUCGGUAUUCCGAAGUUUUGUAUUGGCUAACCGAGUAAUGCGCGAAAAUCAGUGUCACGUCAUCUCUCAUCCUUCUUUACCAUCUGUUCACAGUCAUCCUCUUUGGGAUGCUUGGGACUAUACCAUCGAUUUGUGCUUGAGUCAAAUGGAGAGCUUAACGACACCAAAACAAAAACUUUGGUCUAUUGGGAAAGAAAUAUAUUUUUCACGUUCAUCCGUUCGUCACGAAUUGCUUAUUGAUGUGACUUCCCACCUUGCACCAGUGGAUGAAACAGAUUACACCCAUAAUUGGUUUUUCAUUGAACAGUUGCAAGCAUUCGAAGUUUGGCUUAAAUAUGGUGGCGAACGGAGGACUCCCCCACAACAGCUUCCAGUUGUUUUGCAAGUACUUUUGAGUCAGGUACAUCGAGUGAAAGCGCUGGAGCUUUUGGCCCGCUUUCUAGAUUUGGGUUCAUGGGCCGUAGGCCAUGCCCUCUCUGUCGGUGUAUUUCCAUAUGUUCUGAAGUUGCUUCAAAGUGCAACAAAAGAACUGCGACCGUGGUUAGCGUUCAUUUGGGCAAAAAUUCUUGCUGUAGAAACAAGUUGUCAAGUGGAUCUCAUUAAGGAUAAGGAACGAGGGUAUAUGUAUUUUCUGACGAUCCUAAACGAUCCGAAUACUAAUCCGCGGCAGAAAAUUGUCCCGGCAUUUGUAAUGGCUGCAUUGAUUGAAAACAACUAUAGACCUGCGCAAGAACUGCUAACCGAUAACAGAUAUGUAACACUUUGCAUCGAGCUUUUGUCGGAUACAGCUGUGCGACAGUGCAGAUUACUGCGGUUAUGGUUACUUAUUGGUCUUGGGCGACUUUGGGCUGAUUACGAUGAUGCCAGGUGGCAGGCAAUUAGACUGGCUGCUUAUGAAAGGGUUCUUGAAUUUCUGGACGAUUCAGUUCCCGAAGUACGUGCUGCUGCAGUAUAUGCAAUUGGAUGUCUUGUAAGAAAUAAGUCGGAAAAUAUCGAACACGCUACAAUUAUUGACCAUGAAGUUUGUGAUAAACUUUCGAUGAAAUGUACAUUCGAUGGUUCAGUACUUGUUCGUGCUGAAUUGGUUGUGGCAAUGCAGUGGUUUAUUAUUGAUUUUGAAAAUCGUUUUGCCAAUCUGUCAAUGGAUCUUAACGAAAAAAUUGAACAAAAGAAAUUCAGGGAGCGAAAACUUUCGGCAGGAGAACAAGAAAUGAAACCUUUGCGUUCAAUUGACGAGGAAGAUGAUGCAUUUGUAUCUCAUGGUUAUGAUCGUAGUCUUCCAAGAUCAGCAUCUCGAAGACGAACCCAUUUCCUGGAAGCUCCAUUAAAUUCACCUCGUAGAUCAAAUUCUAUGAAUUUCGUUUCUGGAGUGGUUGCGGAUAAAGUUUAUGCACAGUGGAAGUCGGUGUUUGAUACCAGCUCAUUGAAUGAUUUUUCCGAUAAAUUACUGGCUUGUACAAAGGAAAUGCGCAACGAGAAUUUCAAGAAUAAAGCUAUGAAACAAAUUGAAUUCUUGGGAUCGAAAACAUUUAAUGAUCAGUCUGAACGUAUCUGGCUAUCACUUCUCAGGCUUUCUCUGGAUCCUGUAAACAAAAUCGCUGAAAUGGCACAACAGAAUGAAUCAUAUUCUUCGGAGACAGUAACAUUUAUUGUCGGUUCACCAACAUUGGAUUUGACGGCUACACCACCCUUUUUAGACGAUAAUAUCCGUAAAAAUUCAGAAAAUACAUUGCUUUUGGAUUCGCGACGUCAAGAACAGUUGCCAGUGUUCCACCAGUCUGCAAUCUUCACACCUAAACGAAAUAUGUAUUCACCUACAAUUAAAAGUGUAACAAAACCGGAUGAGAGUUCCUCUGCAGAGCGAGAACCGGUAGUUGCUUUAGUAACAACAGAAUUUGUACCAUGGUGUACGAGACGAUUUACUGAACCCAUUUUAGAUGUAAUACAAGGGGAAGGCGGUGAUGGCCUAACUGAUCGUUUGGCAACUCAUUCCAUGCCUAGUGAUUGGGCAUCGCAUAAAGACGAAGGUUUACGGCAAACUUCAAAAAAGGAAAUUCGGUUACUCAAGGAAGAGGGAUUAUUUUUUGAUGGUCAUCCGUUAACUGCAAAGACAGAUGCGGUAAGCAAAUGUUUGGCUUGGAGUCAAAUAAGGCCUCACCUGUAUUCAUGUGAUGGCGAAACAGUAACCAUUUGGCGAUGCGAAUUGCAGCGGUUGUACGACGUCCGAAAGUUUCGCUGCCACAAUGAUAAUCUCUUCGUUAAUGAUAUAGUUACUGAUUUACACAUAAUAAAUGAAAUGACGCGCGAGCUGCUGAUGACUUGUAGUGAAGAUGGAUUGAUGAGAAUUUGGGAUCCAGGCUAUUCCAUCUAUUCCCAUGAUUUCGAAGCGGAACAACAGAUGAUAACAGCUGCUUACCUUUUAAAAGAUGCGCCGAUUAGCAUUCCAACGAAUAAGCAUCUUGCAUCGGUUUUUAGUUGGAAUCAAAAAUGUGGCCUCAUGGCAGUCUCUGGUAAUGUGAAAGUAUGUCGUUUGUGGGACGCCCAUGCAGAGAAGAUUAUGCAGGAAAUUCAAAUUGGUGCUAAGAAUUGUGCUGUCACAAAAUUGAGCCUUGAUAAUUCAGGAAGCAAUCUUCUUGCUGUCGGUCUAAGUGAUGGAUUAGUAAAUGUUUACGAUCCGCGAUUACCUGAAAAAUCGCGGCGUACAAUGUCAUUUCGAGAGCUCGAAGAACCAGUUAUUGGACUAUCACUUUUUUCUAAUCUGACGGGUGAAUUUUCUGAAGGGAACUUGAGGCUGAUCGCCGGUUCAAGAGAUGGCGAAAUACGUUUAUGGGAGCCACGAAUGUUCAAGGAACCGGUAGUGAGUUUUAAUGGUUGCAGUUCCCCGAGAAAAGAUAGCUUAACAAGUAUGGAAGUUCACACCCACAGUCAGUGUGUUGGUUGUGUGGAUGAUGCUGCCGUAGUAAAGUUGUUUGAUGUGAACGGCAAGCAAUUAGGUGAAAUUCGCCAGGAUGAUUGGUUAGUUGGUGGUCGUAUCGGAACAUUGACAUCAAUGCGUUUUCAUCAGCUACUUGUAUCAUUAGCAGUAGCUACUGAGAGUCAAAUAAUCAGUUUUUAUCGAAUGCCAGAUUUGUCAUAG